AAGCACAUCCAAUCAGCUGUUUCCGCGCUUGCAGAGAAUGGCAAGUCGGCAUCACUGACGUCAACAAUUAUUCGCCGAUUUUGGUUUAUUUUGAUGUAAGUAAGCGUAAUUUGGCACAAAAAUGUUUACUCUUUGGACGCUGAUCGAAUCCACACUCCUCUGCCUGAAUGCAGUGUGCAUUCUGCACGAGGAGCGUUUCCUGGCCAAGUUUGGCUGGGGACGACAGGCGGGUCAGCAGGAUUUUGGAGCACCCACUGCCAAGGAUCAGGUGCUGAAUCUCAUCCGUUCUAUUCGCACAGUGGCAAAAAUUCCUUUGAUAUUCCUUAACAUAAUUGCGAUUAUAUUUAAACUAUUACUUGGUUGACAUAAAAUUACUGUAAUAAAUGUACCAUAAAGCCUUUGUAAA